GUGGCAGCACUUUUGAGCAUUUGUUGAGCGGCUUUCGCUGUUGAAUGAGUUGUGUGUUGGACGCGUUUCGAUCAGACCCACAGCCGCCCCAAAGCCAGAGACAGGGCCGCCGCCGUCGCCGGUCUUCGUCGAUUGAGUCCGACGCGUAUCUUCGAGUGCGUUCUGUUCCAUCAGAUACGAAAAAUUGAAAUUGCAGCUGCCGCUUGGUUGCGGAUUGCGCGCGUGUCGUGUGUUGUGUGUUGUUCAUAAAAAGAUAGUUGAUGAAAAUUGUUUUUCCCCCCGUGUGGUGAGUGUGUGGAAGUGUGAAAGUGAAAUAGCUGAAACUCCGGCAAUUUAAAUUCAUAUAUUUAAUGCAUGGAGUGACCGCUUCAAACAGUAAACCAAGGGAAACCCAAACCAGAAAUCAGUGAAAUAUUGGCAAUCCACUCGAGUGGAAGUGGAAGCGAAGGCGCGGCUGCAUUCAACAAGCAAAAACAACAGCAAAACAAGAACCAGGCGCAGGAAUUCGUCCGUCCUUGAGCUCAUAAAUUAAACACCUGUUUAAAAGGAUAGAAAACAGAUACAGAGCGGGAGAGGGAGAGAGAGAAUCAGAAUUGAAAUAGAGACAAAAUACAGAGAAUUUUACAUUGGAUCUGCAUUGAGACUGCCAGUAUCCUGUUCUGAAUGCUGCGAUAGAGAAAAACUCGUAGAUCGAGAGAGAAAUUUCGCGUAUACAAACGCAAGCAGAGAGAUAGAGAGAGAGAGAGAGAGGACCGGAGAUAAAUAGAGAGAAAAACCAACAAAAACAACUACGACGAGAGAGAUGAAUAAUUUCACAACCACAACAGCCGCCGCACCGCCUCCUGCCACAAAGGAAUCCCUGCCCCGAUCGGGACAUGUUAAUGAGGUGUGCAAGGAGUGGCUCGUGCGUGAGGACGGCGCCCUGGCCUACAAGCUGCAGUCCCAAGAGAUUAAUGACUUCUACAAGGGAAAUCGCUACAGGAAUGGCAUGGUGCGUGAGGAUUUCCCCACAGCGCUGCACGAGCAGAUCAAGGAGAAGGAGCAGGCACAGCGUCAGGUGGAGGCCUACCGGAGACGUCUGACAGAACAAGAGGAGCAUGACAAGCGUGUGGCCAAAGAAAUUGCUGACAAGCUGGAGCAUGAUCUGCAGGAGCAGCAGCAAAAGGAGCUGCAACAAAGCGAAAUAAUUGCCCAGAAAAUGCAGGAAAUCUAUGUGAAUCUGCCACCUGUGCCGCCGCCUGCCACACGCGACAAAAGCCGUCCACCGCCGCGUCCAGCCAAAGCAAGUAUACACCUGCAACAGCAUCAGACCAAUGGCCAUCAUCCAGAGCCGUGCACAUCACAGCAGGCUAGAUAUCAGAGUCAGCAACAGCAGCAGCAGCAGCUGCAGUCACAACCAUUGAAGCUUCAACAGCAACAUUUCUCACAGACCGACAACUAUGUAGGAUUAUCGCUUAUACCAAAUAUUGUAGAUAUGCCAGCAGCAGCGGCAGCAGCAGCAACACCACCCGUAAUAUGCACCACACCCAGUAGACAUGCACAGGCACAACAGAAUCAUCAGCUGUUGGUGAGUGAUGCCACCACAUCAUUGCCACAGCAGCAGCAGCAGCUACAGCAGCAACAUCAGUCACGUUUUCAAUAUCCAUCAUCGGCGGCACGUCGUCAUGUAUAUGAGCCAUCAUCAUCAACAACAACAUCCAACAUGCCCAGCACCCCCACUUCCACUUCCACCUCAUCCAUAGCUCAGCACUCACCCACACACCACCCCACUGCACUGCUCCAGGCGGCUGACAUCGAUGAGCUGGUGGACUAUGCCGAUGUUGCCGACAGCAUACGCAACUACAACAUAAUAGCACCCGAAGAGGAGGCAGCUGCAGCAGCCCCACUCAAUGUUGUCGAUGCAGCUGCAACACCUUUACAGAAACAGCGAUCACCCUCACAUGAGAAUCUCCUAAGAACUGAACCAAAAUUUCAGAAAUUGUCACCAGAGAAAUACGAUCAGCUGGUGGGGAACUUUGGACUGGGCGCCAGUGCCAGUGGCAGUGGCAGUGCCGUUGCCGUUGACGUUGCUGGUGCCGCCAAGGCAGCCGAACGGCAUAUGCAACAGCAUGCGGAUGAUAUUGAGCUCUAUGUGGAUCCCUGUGAUUAUGCGAGUCUGCGCGAGAUCGGACUGCCCAUGGAGGAGAUACAGGAGAUGAGCAAGAAGCUCAAGCAGGAGCAGAAAGAUGAGUUGCUGGCACGUCGCCUGCAGGCCAUUGAAUCCAAGGACUGUGUGCGUCAGGAGCAGCGGGAUCGUAUGCUGGCCAUUGAGGCACAGGACAAAGAACUAGCCAAAAUGCUGCAGGAUAGGGAGAAAGCCAAAGCCAAGCGGGCCAAGGAGAAGGCUCGUCUGCGCAAAAAUCAACAAAAGGAAGCAUGCGGCGGUGGCACCUCCACCAAUGGCAGUCUCCUGUGCGGCACAAACUCCCACUGUGGGCCAUUGCUGCCCCUACCCCAAGACUGCCUUUCCAGCACUGCCGACAUCGAUGUGGAGGCCUAUUCCAAUCCCAUAGAUGUCCUAAACAGCAGCCGCGAGCAGCGGCAGCCCAAUGGCACCCUGACAAAUGGCAGCCUCACCCGUGAGGGUGGCUCCUCCAAUCACAGUUCCAUGCAGCGACAGCAAAGGCACGCUCUGGCGGCCACUCGUGGCGAAGAUGACAUCUACACACUGCCUGUGGAUAAUUGUAGGCCUGGCCAGAGGCCCGUAUCGCUGCACAUGGCAGCGGAGACAGUGCAGCAGCUGCAGGCCAAUAAUUCCAUGACGCGAUCCGAACAUUAUGGUUCUGAGGCCGGAUCCCAUGACAGUUCCCUGCACAGCGGCCAUCAUGACAUAUCGCCACACAUCAAAUACUCCAAAUCCGGCAAUUUCGAUCAAAGUGCCAGUCCCACGCCGCCUUACAUGCCAAUUCAGGGUACGCGACGAUCAAAUUCAAGUGAAGAUCGUAAAAAGAAAUCCAAGGACAACAAGUGCACGCAUCAGUGAACCCUAAGCUCCGCUCCAAUCCAAUCCAAUCCAAUACAUCUAUAUCGUAUAUCGUAUAUCUUUAUACAUUUUGUACUCUCUCUUGACAAUGAAAUUGUUCAGAUCAAAGUCGAUUUUUUUCAUGAAUUUAUUCACAACUUUCUCACAUUGUAUCUCUAGUACUUAGAAUGUAGUUGAUAUCGUAGUUAAGCCAAUUAAAAAUAAUAUUUUGGUUUAUUUUACAUACAUAUGUGUGCGUGUGGUUUCAGAGAGAAUAUUAGCCCAUCUUUGGGUAUACAAUAAAUAUUUUGUUAUUAAGUAUA